CUUAACCGUUGUGUUGUCUCGUUUAGUCACUACUGGUUUAUAUUUCUUUUACAAAAGCGACAAGGGCGCCAGCAAGUCAGUAUUUUAAUGGAGCUAAUAGGAAGCAGCUACAAAGGAGAUAGUAAAAAUGGCAGGAUGGAAGGUGUAGGAGAGUACACCUUCUCCACAGAUACUAAGUAUGUAGGAGAGAUGAAAGAUGGGAUGUUCCAUGGCAAAGGAGUGCUGCACUUUCCAAAUGGAAGUAAAUAUGAAGCCGAAUGGGAGAACGGCAUCGCCAAACAGGGGUCAUUUACGUUUGCUGAUGGUCUGCAGUAUCAGGAGAAGGACUGGGACUAUUGUGAUGGUUACGACAGGCGUUUCUACAGCGAGCGGUGCAACGGGCUCAGACCGGCAGGAGAAUCUCAGAUGUCUGAUGUUCAUCCUCCAAGAGUCAUUCCUGAUGGAUGUUACGACUGUGGAGACGGUUUCUAUGACCCCAAAACAAGAGUCGUCACUUCCUACACUGGCAGAUUCCUGAGGAAUGCAGGGUCGUGGGGAGCUGGAGUCUAUCCCAGCUGACUUAGGGUGAAGACAGAGGACACCUGGACGGCAACAGUGACGGUGCGCAUUGCUCUUCACAGAACAGGAAUCUGGCAAAAAGCCAUAGACUGAGCAGCAGGUAUACCAUCGCCUCGAUGUCCUCCAUUGUUGUGUUGCAUUUGUGUCGCAUACAAAUGAUGCUAAGGGACUUCAGGGCCACCGUGCUAUGACGACUCCACCCACCAUGAGGUGGUACUCAAUUGUAAUGGAAAACGACCUAAACCGAGUAGGUGCUAGCGGAAAAGCGCAUUUAUACAGACAAACAAUCACACUCGCAUUCACACUUACAGAAAAUUUAGAGCUACCAAUUAACCUGAGCAUGUUUUUGGACUGUGGGAGGAAACCCACACAUGUACAGGGAGAACAUGCAAACUCCAUGCAGAAAGAUCCUGGGAAGGCCGGGGCGCAAACCAGGGAUCUUCUAGCUGCAAGGCGAAAGUGCUAACCACCAAGUCACUGUGCAGCCAAAGGUCAAAGUCUUGUAUUGAAUUUGUUUGAGGGAGGACCACUUUUUCCUUGCCCUUUUUUAAACUACAACUCUGAGAUCAUACAGCGAGGCUAUAAGAGGAAAGUAUUUAUAAGAAUGAACCCAUAAAGCAAUAUUAAAUGCAUUAUCUCUGUAUUUUCUGAUGUGAGAUUACUGCCGCAUGUCAUAUGAUAAGCACGUUGAUAAGGCAAAAGCAGCAAUUUCAAAAGUUUUUUUUUCUUUUGUUAUUUGUCAAGAGUGGAAAAUUGAAGACACAUUUUUCCACUGAGUGAGUGCCCAGUCUGGAAGUCCUGAUUUGAAGUGGAUGCAGUUUGUCAGGUGUCCAGAUAGCAAUUCCUAAAUUCUGACAUCCUCCGCUCAUCAUGUCUCCCAGCACUUUUUACAUCACUACACAAUGCCAGAUAGUUAGAUAAUGUUAGACGAGGGAUGGCAAUGUGGAGAUGUUCUCAGCAGUGGUGAGAAGUAUUCAGAUUUUAUACUUAUGGGAAAGUAGCACUACUACCACACUGUACAAAUACUCAAGUAGCAGUACAAAAGUAUUUGCAUCAAACUGCACCUAAUUGUUUAGAGGGGAAAAUACUCAC